UACCGGCAGGAGAUCUGAGGGUGUCGGAUAUUCAGGGGCAGGCCCGAGCUCCAGGGCUUCAGGUUCACAGUUGAACAGAGGUUCCAGCAGUCAGAUGAGGCCACCCAGACCUUUGUGUUCCUACUGUGGGAGACAGCACCCGGGAGAGUGUUUCCGAGCUACGGGUGCAUGCUUUGUGUGCGGCCGUCAGGGCCAUCAGAUGAGAGACUGUCCGGCUAGAGGUGGUACAGGCAGUUCAGCUCAGUCUACCGGGUCAGCCGGUGGUUCAUCUUCAGCCUCGGUGGCGAUGCGCCCUGCGGGGCGAGGUACUCCAGCACCAGCAGGCCGCGGCAGGGGUCGUGGCGGAGCUUCGGGUUCUAGCGGUCCUUCGAACCGCAUUUAUGCCUUAGCCAGCAGACAGGACCAGGAGGCUUCGCCUAAUGUCGUCACAGGUACAGACGCACAGCCUGGUGAUCCACCUGUUUAGGACACCCUUUCUGCUAUUCGGAGUGCUCCUCUCUUUCCGGAGCUUAUACUUUUGGUAUAUAUAUUUAUUAGUGCAUUUGUAUAUAUUCGUUCAUGGGUACGGCGGGGCCCUGUCCCGUCAUAUGAUUCUGUCGGUCUGUUUAGAGGUCUGUGGACAUGUUUGUGGGUUAGGGUCUUUUCUGUAUGAAUGUAUGUACAUGUCGUUUGGGCGAUCACAUACGCCGAGGCGGCCGGUCCGCAUAUGUUGUUUGGGC